AACCCCCCGAACCGGAAUCCCAGGAUAUCCCACCCCCACCCAUCCCUCGAAACGGAAUAGCCCUCCUACCUCAGUCCUCCUCCCCUCCUCUUUUACCUACCCUUCCCUCACUAUCACCCCCCUCUCCUCCUCCCCCUUCUCCCUCACGUCCCAACUCGGGAGCGCCGCCGAUCGGUCGCCAGGAUUUUCCCUUCUCGGCCAAAAUGGAGGAGGUGGUCUCUCGCCUAAUGAACGGAGCGCGGAUUGCACGACCGGAUCUGCCUCAAUGAACGCGUCGGCGUUCUGCUGCUAAAUAACCGCCGCGACGAACCGACCCGCCGAGGAUACCGUUCGCGAUUUCCGCACGAGCGACAGCGGCCAUGAGCGCAGGAGAGGGACUGGAUGAGGCUGCGAAGGACGCGGCAGACAUAGCGGCGUUUUUCAAAUCCGAUUGCCCUCUUCCAAAAUGUGAAUCCAAACUGGACGGCCCAGGUCAGACCUCAGGAUUUCAUCGCAAUGAGGACAUGAAGGCCAUCGAUGUGCUUCCCAUCCUCAAGGAGAAGGUGGCCUUCCUCUCAGGUGGCAGAGACCGACGCGGGGGUCCCGUCCUCACCUUUCCCGCGCGGAGCAACCACGACAGAAUACGGCCCGAGGACCUGCGCAGGCUCGUGGCCUACCUGGCCACCAUCCCCAGGUAGGAGGCCGUCGGUCCACGCAUGCGCUGUUGGUCCUGCGUUUGCAGCGUGGGCCCUCGCUUUCAGGCCCUGCUGCUGAUCAUACAGGCGGAGGCGGAACAGACGCCGCCUGGCUUCUCGGCCCUUUGUGUCAAACUUUUCCACCUUGCUCGGAUUUGAAAUGCCAAAGCAUGACCCGGAGCGCAAAGAGCUGAGGAGGGCUUGGUUUUGUUUUGGAUUCUCUGUGAAGAUCCAGCCUUUCUUCUUCCCCAUCUCAUUUCCUCUCAGCGCCGCACAAAGACCUGCUAAUGUUUUGUCGAGGUUCUCCCCUCGUCCCUGUUUACCAACCCGUUUCGAUCGCCCUCAUUUCUAAUUUUACUGACUUUCAGACUAUGUCUUGCUCUCCGGGCCCCUGCGGGCCUGUAUUUCCUCUUGCUGCCGUGGACGCGCGCAGCCACAGAUCCAGAGGCACCUUUUCGUCACAUUUAACACGCCGCUCCGGGCUCCUCGCGCCGGCGUCAGUAGCGAUUAGCUUGGAGGAAAGCCUCCGCUUGUCUGAUGUGCUGCUUCUGAUCUCGCCUGUGCUGCGCUUUACAGUUCAAAGUCUUUUCCGGAGUAGAGUGUGGAGCGAGAGUUCAGGUCAGUUUGGAAAAUCAGGAACGCCUGCUGGAAGCGUACGAUAAUUCACCUACAGACGGCAGAUGGCUUCACUAAUAAAGUGUAAUAAAACCAUAUAUUAAAAAUGAAGCUUUGCCUUUCUAUCCCAUCUGC